AUGUCACUCUGGGUCACAGGGCCGGCCUCACAGGCUGCCUCCCUUUCUUUCAGCAGACCCUUCUGCCCUCCUUUGCUGGUGACGGUCUCCCAAAUGCAGAUGGCUGUGCUCCCUUGCCUGGGUCUUAUCUUGCUUCUCUGGAGCCAGGUGCCAGGGGCCCAGGGCCGAGAAUUCCAAUUUGGGCCCUGCCAAGUGAAGGGGGUUGUUCCCCAGAAACUGUGGGAAGCCUUCUGGGCUGUGAAAGACACUGUGCAAGCUCAGGAUAACAUCAGGAGUGUCCGGCUGCUGCAGCAGGAGGUUCUGCAGAAUGUCUCGGAUGCUGAGAGCUGUUACCUUGUCCACACCCUGCUGGAGUUCUACUUGAAAACUGUUUUCAAAAACUACCACAAUAGAACAUUUGAAGUCAGGACUCUGAAGUCAUUCUCUACUCUGGCCAACAACUUUGUUCUCAUCGUGUCACAACUGCAACCCAGUCAGGAAAAUGAGAUGUUUUCCAUCAGAGACAGUGCACACAGGCGGUUUCUGCUAUUCCGGAGAGCAUUCAAACAGUUGGACAUAGAAGCAGCUCUGACCAAAGCUCUUGGGGAAGUGGACAUUCUUCUGACCUGGAUGCAGCAAUUCUACAAGCUCUGAAUGUCUAGAGCAGGACCCCCCUUCCCCUACCAGUUCCUUCCCUGUGUGAUUUCAAACAGUCUCCCUUCCUAUGCUGUUCACUGGAUACUUCAUACCCUUGGCCACGGGUCCCAUUUUUGGCCCAGGAUUAUUGUCAAAGAAGUCAUUCUUUAAGCAGCCCCAGUGACAGUUAGGGAAGGUGCCUCUGGAUGCUGUGAAGAGUCUACAAAGAAGAUUUCUGUAUUUAUUACAACUCUAUUUAAUUAAUGUCAGUAUUUCAACUGAAGUUCUAUUUAUUUGUGAGACUGUAAGUUACAUGAAGGCAGCAGAAUAUUGUGCCCCAUGCUUCUUUACCCCUCACAAUCCUUGCCACAGUGUGGGGCAGUGGAUGGGUGCUCAGUAAGUACUUAAUAAACUGUGGUGGUUUUUUUGGUCUGUCUUUGGAUUGUUAAAAAACAGAGAGGGAUGAUGGGAUGUAAAACUGAACUCUAGAGUGUGAAAAUCACACUGUCUUCUGAUAUCUGCAGGGACAGAGCAUUGGGGUGGGGGUAAGUUGCAUCGGUUUGAAAAGCAAAUGAUAAAAUGUGGAUUAAAGUGCCCAGCACAAAGCAGAUCCUCACUAAACAGUUCAUUUCCCACCCACACUCACCAACCUACCCCAUCAUCCCUUUCCCUUGGUGCCUCCUUUUUUUUUGGUCCUAGUCAUUCUUCCCUAAUGUGCCACUUGAGUGUCAAGCUGACCUUGCUGAUGGUGACAUUGCACCUGGAUGUACCGUCCAAUCUGUGAUGACAUUCCCUGCUAAUAAAAGACAACACAACUCAA